AUGUCUGUGGAGUACCUAGGACAUGUUAUUGAUUCUGAGGGGUUGCACACAGCUCCUUCAAAAGUGAAGGCAAUAGUAGAUGCCCCUGCUCCAAGCAAUGUCAGCCAACUGAGAUCAUUCUUAGGUCUCGUGAACUAUUAUGGGCGUUUCAUUCCACAGCUAGCAACGUUGUUGAAACCACUCCAUGAGUUGCUGUGUGAGAGUAGACCCUGGAAAUGGUCACAGGAGUGUGAAACGACAUUUAGCAAAACCAAGGCCGCGCUGGCUGAUAAAAGAGUUUUAACACAUUUUGACCCAUCCUUACCAAUUCAGUUAGCUUGCGAUGCAUCCCCUUACGGUGUUGGGGCUGUGGUGUCGCAUAUUAUGUCAACAGGUGAGGAGCGACCAAUUGCAUUUGCGUCAAGAACAUUGAGUAAAACUGAAACAAAAUAUCCUCAAAUUGAAAAAGAGGCUUUAAGCAUCAUUUUUGGAAUAAAAAAAUUCCACACUUACCUCUUUGGUCGAAAAUUUACCCUGCUAACAGACCACAGACCUCUCACGUCUAUUUUUGGCUCACACACUGGUGUACCAUCUAUGGCAGCAAGCAGACUGCAGCGCUGGGCAUUGCUCCUUGGGGCUCACAAUUAUGAGAUCAAAUACAGGCGUUCGGAGGCACAUGGAAAUGCAGAUGGUUUGUCAAGACUUCCCCUACCUGACCAACCCAGAGAACAAGGGCAAAAGAUUUUUUACUUUAAGAUGGUGGAAAAUGCACCUAUCACUGCCCACCAGAUUAAGCAAGAAACCAAGGGUGAUUAUACACUGUCAAAACUACUCACCUGCAUUCUUAAAGGGCAGGACCUUAGCACCCUUAAUGCACUGCCUGAUGUUCAGCCUUACCUUUCACGGGGAAAGGAGCUAUCUGUGACAGCAGGAUGCCUCAUGUGGGGCAUGCGAGUAAUUAUACCACAAAGGUUGAGGAAACCCAUUCUGGAUGAGUUACAUCUUGGACACUGUGGUAUAGUCCGAAUGAAAGAGCUAGACCGGAGUUAUUUUUGGUGGCCUGGACUGGAUCGUGAUAUUGAGGAAAAGGCAAAUUCAUGUUCAUCAUGUCAAGGCCUCAGAAAUAUGCCAAGUCCAGCACCAUUGCAUCCAUGGGAAUGGCCUGCUAGUCCUUGGCAACGCGUUCAUUUAGAUUUUGCAGGACCUGUAGAGGGUGUUAUGGUUCUGGUCGCAGUGGAUGCACAUUCUAAGUGGCCUGAGAUCACUGUCAUGCCCGACAUCACAUCAGAAAAGACAAUCCAAACCUUAAGAGAGAUGUUUGCACGUUUUGGACUGCCAGAGCAGAUCGUGACGGAUAAUGGGCCUUCUUUUGUAUCCCAAGAAAUGGAAGAAUUCCUAAAAGGUAAUGGUAUUAAACAUCUCCUAUCCAGCCCUUAUCAUCCUUCAACUAAUGGCCUGGCUGAAAGAAUGGUGCAAACCCUUAAACAUGCUCUUAAAGCAUCCAAAAGUGAAGCACCUUUCAAACAACGUCUUUAUACCUUUCUUCUUAAAUAUCGUAACACACCCCAUGCAACAACAGGUAUGUCACCAGCUGAUCUGUUCCUAAAAAGGCAGCUGAGAACACGUCUUGAUUUGUUGAGACCAGCUACCACUCAAAUGAGAGUUAAUGAUAAGCAGCACGAUCAAGUAAAACAACGUGCCAAGCGGGCUAAAGAUCGUGAGUUUUUCAGUGGAGAUGCUGUCCUUGCUCGUAACUAUUCCACCACUGAGAAAUGGGUACCAGCAACCAUUCUUCAAAAGACUGGACCUGUCUCUUAUAAGGUAUGCACACGAGACCACCAGACAUGGAGACGACAUGUUGAACAGCUGUUACCCUCUAUACCUGUUGAAGAAGCCGGUAGCACAGAAACGUCUGAGGAACCUAGUUUUAGUGAGUUGAUCCAAAGCCAGCCAGGAAUACCACCUGACUCUACUGUUUCAAUUCCUGCCGAUGCUGUCGUGCCAAGGUUACCUGAGGUUGCCUUAGGGGAUGAACACACCUCAGCUGUACGACGUAACCCUCUCAGAAGCAGGAAGCCUCCUGACCGUCUUAACUUAUGA